AUGAACCUAGUGACACCCGCGGAAAAAUGCACAUUUUCCAAUAAAAACAUUAAGCAAAGUUGUCAUAGAAUGAGCGAAGAAAAAUACAACAGUGCACUUGAUAUAUUCUUACACCAGAAAGAGACCAUCUACGACUCCCUACUUCAUUUGAAACAAGAAAACGAAGAAAAAAUGGGCUCCGAAAUGAAUAGCGAUAUCUGCAGGACGUUGUCCAAUUACGCAGAUUACUCAACCAAAAAGGUAAAAUAUGUUGUAAAUAAAAGAUUUUCAGAAUUGGAAAAUAUCGAAGAAAAUGUACAAGAUAUGGACUACUCCGUGUUCAAAUAUUUUAGGACUUUACCUCCAAAAUAUAGUGACGAAAAUGACAUAAGAAAUAAUAUCAUUUUUAAUAAUAACAAUAUAUAUAUAUACGCGGAAAAUAAAAAUGGAACGUUAAAUGAGCAGGCUUGCAUUUCCAUUUCGCCGGAUAAUAAUAUCAUUUAUUGUUCUACCAAGGGAAGGAGGUACACCAUAGGGGGCCAUGCAGGAAUACAAAAAAAUAUAAAUAAGGAAUACAACUUUUUUGAAGACACUAAUAUAGUAUCCCCACAUGAUAGCAUCAAGACAUGUGCUUUCGAUGCACUUGAUAGUUCUGACAUUUCCAGUUCCUUCACCAAAAUGAAUUUAAUAAAAACGAACGACGUGCUGGAUGACUUCAAUGCAAAUAAAAAUAACACGGGAAAUAUAUUUAAUGAGCAUAUCAUUAUGAAUUCUUGUGACUCUAGUAAUCUCAACACAACCAAGUGCCUAUCGAAAAAUCAGUCCGUCCAGAAAUUGUUUAAAUAUUACAAAAAGUGUUCUCAAAAUUUGGACCAUGAACAAAGAGUAUGUAAACCCUGUGCACAUGUGUACAAUGGGAAUAAAUGCCUUAACGGAGAUGAAUGCGCCUUUUGUCAUCACCCAGACCAUGUCUUAAUAUCCGCCAAGAAGUGGAAGAAGCUGGUGAAAAACAACAUGGAAAAGUUGAAUAUCCUUUUGCACGUCCUGCGCAACCCCGAUGAUGUAAACGCGCAGCUGCUGAACGAAAUGCUGAAGCAAAAUACGAAAAACUUCAAAAAGAGCAGGAAGAUGAGCAACAGUAGUAAGGGUGUGGGGAAUGCCAGUGGUGCCACCCCCGGUGCCGGCAGCUACAGCGUCGGCAGCUACAGCGUCGGCAGCUACGGCGUCGGCAACUGCGGUGUCGGCAACUAUGGCUCCACCAACUAUGGGCCCAACAACUAUGGCAAUAAUGGGAACCUUGCCAGUAGCGGGAUUAGCAGCGUCAACAGCUUCAACAAUCUUGGCGGGAUUAGCAGCGUCAGCGCCCUCAACAACCUUGGCGGGAUCAGCAGCGUUAGCGGGCUUAACCCCCUCAACAAUGUUAACCCCCUAUGCAACGUCACCACUGCAAACAACGGAAAUGGCAACAGCAGGAGAAAUAAAUUCGGUAAAAAUAAGCCAUUCUACCUUCUCCCUCAAAAUGCAGAACAGAUGCAGAGAUUCCCCCAUAGUCAUUUCGAGCCGAACGAAGAGGCAGAUAUGUAUAAGAACAAAUUUCACGUAAGGAAUUAUCAAGCAAACAUAGACAAGAAUUUUGUUUUCCUUCCACAUCAUAUUGAUAUGUGA